AUGCCGCCGAUAAUGCAGACCAGCCAUUCCAGUGCAGCCUCGAGCAGCGAUGGCUCCGAGCAUUCGCGAAGCACGGCACCAACAGAUUAUAGUCGUCGCAUGGCCGAACCAUUCUUCACCGAGGAUCCGCGCGACUCCAAUUCGACAUAUGCAUCCACCGUGUCAUCCGACGAGGACCUCCCCAAGGAAGGACGAGACGAAGAACGAGCCGCAGUAGCCAAAUACGAAGUCGUGACAGACCGACCAGAAGUAUUCGCUUCCAGCGCCAUCUCAUCCAACCAAGCCACAUUCGCAGACCUAUUUCCAUCCGGUCGACGGCUGCUAAUCCAUCAUGACGACUCCACGCUCGAUGGGAACAUGAACCUUCGCGUCGACACGCUUCUGAGCCGUCGAGACCGGAGAAGCCCGCUGCAAGAAGUGACCCUGUUCCAUCUGAGGAUGCACGACUUGCACAGCCGCACGUUCUCGUUUCGGCGCUACUGUCGCGACUCCGGGCGUGAAGUGUGUCAUUCAAGGCGACUGACGCCUGCGGCUCAUUCUCAGCGCCCGACUUUGAGGAGGUCGUGGAGUAGCGUGCUGAGUGGGUUACGGCCUGGUUCAAGCGAUAAGCAUUCCGUGACUGGGUUUUUGAAUCAUCAUCAUCAUCAUAACAACAACAACAACAACAAUAACAAUAAUCAUAAUACUUACCAUAAACACCAAUCCCUACCCAAGUCGUCAUCUCCUCUGCAAGAGUUUUUCAAUGACGAAUCCUCUACAACAUCAACAACAACAAACAAAACCGAGAAAUUGACAAACACCAUCCUUCUCGAAUUCUGCAACUACGCGCACGUGGAGCUUUCUCGCGUAGGCGUCAAGCCAUCAAAGCGCUACGAAUUCGAGUACUGGAGCACGCGUUAUCAAUGGCGACGCGAGUCUAGGAAGGAAGCUUGCGCUGGAGACCAAAAGGAGAUCUCGUAUCAUCUGGUCAAUCUCGAGACGUCGAGGACGGUCGCUUACAUAGUGCCUGAGAUAUUGACGCCCAUGGAGCAGAUGGAAGAAGAAGGGAAAGGGGGUUGGGUGCCCAAGUGCUCCAUGUGGAUUAGCGACUCGUCUGUUUAUGAGAGGAUGAGUGAUAUUGCUGACGUAAUCGUGGCCACUGGAAUCACAGUCCUGGUCGACGACAGCAUCCGACGUCGAUGGCACAAUAAGCGGCAUGUACGACUGAGUCUGGGCAGCAAGAGGUCAUCCUUUUUUCUGCUGAGUAUGAACAUGAACAUGAAUAUGGAGUCUCUAGGACCGAAACGACUGAUUGAUGAAAUGUUCCAUCGCCGCGGGUCGGCGUGA